GGUGUUUAUAUGCGCUGCAGCAACUGGAAUAUUCCGUUUACAUGUUCACUGACAUAUUCCUGUGUUUUGGCGUAUUCCAGAAAAGACCCCAGGCUACUGGCCUACCAGAAACGCUCUUAUUUAAUACAACACUCAACCUGCGGGGGGCAGCAAUAGGCGUCAUGUGUGCCGGAAAUACAGAAGAAGAAGAAGAAGUAGAAGAAGAAGUUGUGUUUACAAUGGACAGAAGCUAUAAUGUUUGUUUCCAACAUACCCCUCCAUUGUGUUGUCCUACUUGCGCUUUUGCACCACAACUUAACUACAACACACCUGCGGAUCCAUUUUGUCCUAAACAAUGGAAGAUGAGAGGGCAAACGAGUGUAUGGACCUUUCCUUCCAGCUUAUGCCCUUCACCCAGCCAGAGCCCCCCUGAGUCUGUCGAUGAAGGUACGAAGCCAGUUCUGCUGUUCUCCCCACUUGCCAUAUCCAUAACAGCACCGACAACCCUGGAUUCCUUGCGAACCGAGCAUGCGCAGACAUAACUGAAUAUUUUGACCAACAUCACAACAUUUCGGGAGGGCACAUGCCCGGAGCUCAUUGAAUUGGGAGUGGACACUUUUCAGUGCCCAUUGUGCCAGACGGUAGGGCCAUACCAUGCCCUAAUUCCCCAUUUACAAGGCCACCAGUGGUCAGUUGUUAAAUAUAGAGGUAAUGCUGCUAAUCCAUGCGUGAUAUCGCCAUCCUACCACAAAUGGGCACCUUGGAUUGGACCACACACAAGGGCAAGCAACUUGUUAUUAAACACAGAAUACCAGAAGGGUCAAGGCAGCAAGCGGGCAAACCCUGCAGACGAAGCCGAGAUGGAUAUAUCCGAGGACAGAUUGAUCAACGAAAUAAUGAAUUUGAAGGUUGACGCGGUGCGAAACCUGGUCAAAUACCCCUCUACAGGUUCAGCUGAACACUAUGCUCUCUAUGACAUUUUCCACAAGGCCAACACCAGUGAUGCAAAAGACUGCUUGAGGAAAAUUGCUCUGGUACCCGAACUGCAUGGCUGGGUGAAUUCUCAGGUAGCAGAGCAGUUGUUCUCCAAAAUGAGAAGGAAUAACUACUUUCUAAAUAUGAUGUCUCCGGGGAGCCAUAUUUUUCUCAUGCGCUCUAUCAUUCAUCAUCACAACACCAUGUUGAAUGAGAAGACCCUGGCUGACAUUCAUAAAAUCUCAUCAGCAGACAUCACACUGGAUUCAUCUGGAAAGGCCAUAAUGGCAAAUACGCUUUUUCUGAGCGGAACUUCACUUCCAGCACAUCCCAAAGUGCAAUUGGACCCAGCGAACAUUAACCAGUGUUCAGGGAAAUGUGAGGCCAUGACAAUCAUUUCAUCGUUAAAGCCCUGCAGAGCCUCAUGGAGUGUAAAGGGUCGUCAUCCGCUUCAGGAGCAGCUGAUCAAUUAUGUCCUGGAUGUUACGAGACCUGGAAAUGAGCUCAUCAUCAAAGACGGACCAACUUGCCUUUCCAGAAGUGACAUCUUGACCCUGGGACUUCAGAGAGAAAUGGAGGCAAUGGUACUUAACAACUGUACAUUUUACUGAUGAAAGCAUGUUUUCAUGUUUUCAAAAUCAUUAAGAAUUCAUUGUAUGAUGCUGUUUGUAAACUACAUCAACGGGUAGGGAAUGGGUGCCUCAGGCUGGUCCGGGAGAUGGCAAAUAUGCAGGGAAGGGAUGUUUUUGUUGCAGACCUGCAUGUCACCCCAACAUGGCUCCCUCCCACCAACUGCAAUCCCCUGCUCCAUUUCCCAAAAGAUGCUGACCAGAAAGAUGCCCUCAUCAUCCCCCUGUGGAUUUCAGGGCAUUUUCUUCUGAGUAGGUGUUGCACAGCAGAUUGCUGUGGGAGCCUGGACGGAGAAGACUGCUCUGGAUUUGGAGGGUGUUCCUAAGCAGACACAUGGCAAUGAUUGUGGUGUCUUCGUGAUAAUGUAUGCCUGGUACAUUGCCAUGGAUGCUUGCUUUGACUUCAGUGUUGAUGACAUGUGUCUCCUGAGAAGAUGGUGGUGUAUUGUCCUAUUAGAAGACCUUGGGCUGGAAGGGUACGGAAGGAAGUUUGCCCAUUUUACAGAAGAAGGAAAGGCAACCCUUCAUGACAAUGUACCACCGGUAUUCAGGAUCACACGAAAAAGAAAACACAAAAGCAGCACCAUGAGUCCACAGGACACCGACCCUGCCACCAACUACAUUUACAGUAAAAGGCCUUACAGCUUUUCAUCCAGAGAGCAGGUUAAUGACAAUAAUGACAGCAUGGACCAACAUGAUGUGGUCACCACAACCAGAGACGUUGGGAUCCUGAGUGAAGACGCAUCUUUCGACAGGCUUGUGGAAAGGGCUCAGCAAGCUGAACACCAUAGAAGAGUCACUAGUGACCUUCUUGUAACGUUCAUCACUCAGGAUAACAGCCUACUCCAACAUCUUGAAGCGGUCAUCGCAGGAAAAGUUACAUCCUCCUGGGCAACAUCAAAGGGCAGGGUGAUAAUUUUCUUUGAGGAGGAUGAGCAGCUGGACAGAGUGCUGGGCUUCUUGACAAGCCUGGUUGAAGCACAGACAACCAGAUGUCACAAUCAAGUGGCAUUUGUUAUGGAUGAGCUUCUGCCAGAGGCAACAGUCCACACCCUUUCAGCUGUCCAUGCAUUUUCCAUUGACAGAGCCAUGGAAAUGUAUAAAUGUGGACUGCAGUAUGACUUGAGUAGCGGCUGGACCUCGGAUGGCAGAGGCAUGAGAGACGCACUGGAGAGCAGACUGAGAGCAGGGGAGCAGUACGGGAGCAGGAGAACAGGAGGAAAAGACGAGACGCACGAGCCGCGUUCGGCCCCGGGCUGCAUGAUUGUGUGGUGGGGUUAAAAAAAAUAAAAGAACCCUAAACCCCAGUACUGUGUGUGUGUGGUUCAUACGUUAAGAACUCACGGUAGCCUGGAAGAGGGUUACAUAUGUGA